UGUCUCUGUAGUUAUUUGAAGGAGGCGCUAUAGCCAUAUCUCCACUUUACAAAAAAACGGGAGAAGUAACGGGGCACUGUCUUGAGAGAACAAAUCAAGCCCAAGCUGUGCAAACAGACUCUUCUCUCAGUCUCUCCGCGGCGUCGGAGUGAGUGCGGCCGAUGCACGGCAGGCUGAAGCGUUUGGAGGCUCGUGUCCAGUUGAAAUCCUCCGCUCACCCCCUCUCUCGAGUAUAUGUGGAGCUCAAGCGACACUUCUAUGAGAAUCCCCACUGAACGGCGAGACGAAGUUUGCUUGUUUUCUUAAACCGGGGGUGCUGGGGCGAGUAGAGGCGAGAGAGAGAGGGUGAAAGAUGGUUUUGAACAGCCUCUCGUGCGUCUUGGCUUGGCUCUGCUUGGCUUGUAUCUCGUCUUCUCCGUGCAAAGCUCGGAUUUACACCAACCACUGGGCUGUUCGGAUACCCGGCGGACCCGAGCAAGCUGAACAGAUCGCCAGUAAAUAUGGAUAUAGAAACCUGGGCCAGAUUGGUGAUCUGAAGGACUACUACCAUUUCUUCCACAGCCGUACGAUAAAAAGGUCGACGCUUUCCAGCAGAGGCACACACAGCUUCAUCUCCAUGGAGCCAAAGGUGGAGUGGGUCCAACAACAGGUAGUGAAGAGGAGAACAAAGCGAGAUUAUAAACCCUCAUAUCCUGGUCCAGUACAGUCCAGUAUGGCCCAAUCCAACUCCAUUUACUUCAAUGAUGCUAAAUGGAGCAGUAUGUGGUACAUACACUGUAAUGAUAACAUCCAUAACUGUCAGUCUGACAUGAAUAUCGUUGGUGCGUGGAAGAGAGGCUACACGGGUAAGGAUGUAGUGGUCACUAUUUUGGAUGAUGGGAUCGAGAGAAAUCACCCAGACCUCAUACAGAACUAUGAUAAUGAGGCCAGUUAUGAUGUGAACGGUAACGACAUGGAUCCCAUGCCCAGAUACGAUGCCAGUAAUGAGAACAAGCAUGGCACGAGAUGUGCUGGUGAAGUGGCAGCGUCCGCCAACAACUCUCACUGCACAGUGGGCAUCGCUUACAAUGCCAAGAUUGGGGGUGUCCGCAUGUUGGAUGGAGAUGUGACGGACAUGGUAGAGGCCAAAUCACUUAGUUUACAUCCUCAGCAUAUAGAUAUUUACAGUGCCAGCUGGGGCCCAGAUGAUGAUGGCAAAACUGUAGAUGGGCCCGCUUCCCUCGCCAGACAGGCUUUUGAAAACGGCAUCAGGCAGGGCAGGAAGGGGCGUGGCUCAAUCUUUGUGUGGGCAUCAGGAAACGGUGGACGGAGUCGUGAUCACUGUUCGUGCGAUGGCUACACCAACAGCAUCUACACCAUCUCCAUCAGCAGCACGGCAGAGAGCGGCCGCAAGCCCUGGUAUCUGGAAGAAUGUUCCUCCACCCUCACCACCACCUACAGCAGUGGAGAGAACUACGACCGCAAAAUCAUCACAACAGAUUUGCGGCAGCGUUGCACAGACAGUCACACUGGAACAUCAGCUUCAGCUCCGAUGGCAGCAGGGAUCAUCGCUCUUGCUCUGGAGGCAAAUCCUUUCCUGACGUGGAGAGAUGUGCAACACAUUAUUGUGAAGACAUCUCGUGCUGGUCAUCUCAUUGCCCCUGACUGGAAAACCAAUGCAGCUGGUUAUAAUGUUAGUCACCUGUAUGGCUUUGGGCUAAUGGACGCAGAGGCCAUGGUGAAAGAAGCAGAGCACUGGAAACAGGUUCCUUCUCAGCACAUAUGUGUCGAGAAUGCAGAUAAACAAAUCAGAACCAUCCGUCCAGAGCACGUUGUUCGGUCCGUAUACAAGGCAACAGGCUGCACGGAUAAUGCGAACCAUCAUGUUAUUUAUUUGGAGCACGUGGUUGUACGUAUAACAAUUACGCACCCACGAAGAGGAGACCUGUCAAUCAACCUAACCUCACCGUCAGGGACAAAGUCACAGCUGCUCGCGAACAGGCUGUUCGAUCACUCAAUGGAGGGCUUUAAGAACUGGGAGUUCAUGACCACUCAUUGCUGGGGAGAGAAAGCCACUGGAGACUGGAUACUAGAAAUCUAUGACUCUCCCUCCCAACUCAGGAGCCAGAAAGCUCCAGGCAAGCUGAAAGAGUGGUCACUGGUGCUUUAUGGCACCUCCGUGCACCCCUACUCGUUCCGCAGUGACAAGCCUCGCUCAUUGGCCGAGCCUCAGCCUGAGGAUGAGUAUAGUGAGGAGUAUGGUGGCCCCUGCCACCCAGAGUGUGGUGAGAAUGGCUGUGAGGGCCCCGGACCCCAGCAGUGCAUCACUUGUCUGCACUACUUCCUCAAGUUCAAGAACAACACCAGGACGUGUGUGCCUGAGUGUCCGUCUGGGUUUUUCCGGGACGAUAAGAAGCGCUGUAAGAAGUGCUCUACGCUAUGCGAGUCUUGUGUUGGCAGCCGUAGCGAUCAGUGUUCCACCUGCCGGUCGGGGCUGUACCUGCUGGAGGGAGCCAACACCUGCAUAAGCUCCUGUCCUGAUGGAUUCUACCUGGACCGGGACUACAGCAUGUACCGGAAAUGCAGCGAGAACUGUAAGAAAUGCACCUCGGCCAACAUCUGCACAGAAUGCAAGACUGGGCUCAGUCUACAGGGGAAUAAGUGCCAGUUGAGCUGUGAACCUGGGACCUAUUACAAUGGGCACAGACGGGCAUGUGAGAAGUGCCACACGACUUGUGCCACUUGUGCAGGAACUGGGAUGGAAGCAUGUAAUGAGUGCGCUUCUGGCUAUUACUUUGAGGAGUGGCGCUGCGUCUCCAGCUGCAAUGUGGGAUACUACUUGGCGGAGCAAACAACAGACAACGGAGAUGUCCACAAAUCCUGUCAAAAGUGUGAUCCUACCUGCUACGUCUGCACAGGGGCCGGGGAGAGGAACUGUAGCACAUGUGUUAGCGGAUAUAACCUGGAAAACGGUGUGUGUGUCGUCAGCACCAUAUGUAAAGAUGGGGAGUAUUUAAGCAGACAUGGGAAAUGUGAACUUUGUAACGCAAACUGUUACAAGUGCACUGGACCUGAGAGUGAAGACUGCAUCAGCUGCUCAUCCACCAGGUAUCUUGAUGAUGGGAGUUGUAUGAUCCGAUGUAAUGCAGGGAAAUAUGAGAGGGAUGGACAGUGCCAUCGCUGCCAUCACACAUGUCAAGAGUGUGAGGAUGAGGGACCUGAAAAAUGUACCCGCUGUAGCAAAGAUAAGUUUGGAGUGGAGCGGUACCUCUUUGAAGGGGAGUGUCGUGAUAGCUGUCUAAAGGGUUAUUACCAUUCCUCGAAGGGAACAUGUGAUCCCUGCCCUCCGUAUUGCUCUGUGUGUACUUCGCCAGGCUACUGUCUCUACUGCACCCCCUCCUACUACCCCAAAGAUGGGAAGUGUGCCAAACUGGAGUGUGGAGUGGGUGAGGUAGCCGACCAAGAUCAUGAGGACUGUAUUACCUGUGAGGAAGGCUGUCAGAAAUGCCUCGCUGUGAAUCCAGAGCACUGCAUGUCUUGUUUACCGGACUAUUACCAACUGGGAUCGAGCUGUCGCAAAACCUGCCCUGAGAAAACAUUCGAGGACAAGAUUUCAAUGAGGUGUGCUCGAUGCGAUGAUCAUUGCGAGACCUGCGAUGCCUCUGAAUGUUACCUGUGUGAGGAAGGCUUCUUCCUGUCAGAUGGUACAUGUGUAGAAACUUGUAAGGAGGGUUUCUAUGGCGACAUGAGACAGGAGUGUGAGCCGUGUCACCACAUGUGCCGGUCGUGCGGUGGUCCGAAUUAUGAUGACUGUGAUUCGUGUGAAGAAGAGAUGUAUCUGGAUAAGGGCCAGUGUGUCAGCAAAAGUAGCAUCACAUGUCCUGAUGGAAACUUCCUAAACAGUCAGAGUGAGUGUGAGAAGUGUCAUUCCUCCUGUCAGUCAUGCUCAGGGUAUGAGAAAAACCAGUGUAUCUCUUGUGAGAAAGGCAUGUUUCUGACCAACAGCCAGAUGUGUGUGUCUGUGUGUCCGCCUGAGACUUAUGGGGACCAGACGAGUGGGCACUGUGAGGAUUGUUUUUCGGGCUGUUCGAAGUGUCAGGAUGCCCAUCACUGUCUGAAAUGCAAAUUUGGUUUUGGUGAACUCUACCUGCAGGAGGGCAAAUGUGUCGCUGAGUGUAAAAGGGGUUACCCAGAGGAUGGUGUUUGUCACAGCUGUGCCAAAGAAUGUGCUUCAUGUGAGGGGAAAGCCAAUUACUGUCUGAGCUGUGAGGAAGAGUACCUGUAUCUCAAAAACACCUGUGUGCUCCACUGCCCUUCCCGUCACUUUAUUAAGGAUGGAGUGUGUGAACGUUGUCCAGCUGGCUGUACUGAGUGUGACCAAACUGGCAAAUGCAGCAAAUGUGCAGAGUACUACUUCCUGCAUAAGGAUUCCUGCAAGGAUGACUGUCCUAUGGGGUACUUCACGAAUGUACAGCAGAAACUGUGUGAGCCUUGUCACAGAGAUUGUGCAGCAUGUGAUGGACCUGACCAGGAUGACUGCAUCUCCUGCAGUGAUUCCAGAGCUGUACGUCACAAUGGACAGUGCUUAAAUAACUGCCCGUCAGACAAAUAUCUGGACGGAACAGAGUGCCGAGACUGUGACAGGUCCUGCCUGACGUGUUCAGGCCCCCACCCGUCCUCAUGCCUCAGCUGCUGGCCAAACAUGAGGAUAAACGUUAACGGUCACUGCGAGUACUUCAGUGACUGCUCUCUGCGCUCAUUCACUGAUAAGGAUGGACAGUGCAAGUCUUGCCACCGGAGCUGCUUUCGCUGUUCAGGCGCGAGCAAAGACCAAUGCCUUAGCUGCGUCUCAAAACGCUUUCUACUCAAUAAUACGUGUGUUACCAAGUGUCCAGAUGGUUACUAUGUAAAUAAGGACAAGCAGGAGUGUGUUCAGUGCCAUGUGAACUGUGCGUCAUGCAGUGGGCAUCACAGUAAUGACUGUCUAACCUGUAAACCAGGCCUGCUGUUGCUUGGACACAGCUGUUUUCCCUCCUGUCCAGCAAGUUUCUUUGUAAAUGCUAACUAUGAAUGUGAGGCGUGUGACCAUACUUGUGAGGAAUGCACAGAAAGCAGCAGCUUCUGUGUCAGUUGUAGAGACGGAUACUUCCUGUUGAGAAAGUCUGGCAACUGUCUGCAUACAUGCCCAUCAAACUACUUUCCUGAUACUUUGGACGGAGAGUGCAGACGAUGCCACCCCACAUGUGAAACCUGCUCUGGCAAUGGUGCGCUCUCCUGUACUUCAUGUUACAAGGGGUUUGCAAUGUUUGCAGGAAUCUGCUCAUCUACAUGUCUAAGUGGACAAUAUCCCGUCCCCUUGAAAACCAUGGAUACCACAUGUGCGAAAUGUGACCCAUCCUGCAUUGAAUGUAAAGGCCCUGGGUCUUACAACUGCACCAGGUGCCCUGCUCUACAGCGCCUCUCAGAGGAUGGGAGGUGUCUUCCUUGCUGUGGAGAUAAUGUGGAUUCCUCAAGAUUCCCCUGGGAAUGCUGCCAUUGCCAUGAACUGAAUGAUGAAUGCAUUGUCGGGCUGAACUACAAGCUCCUCAGCAAAGAUCCGGUGCCUUCAGGUCAUCCCGGCCUUGUUGUGUUCACAGUCAUUUUUGUGCUGGUGAGCUUGUGGCUUGUCAUUUUUCUUUUCCUGCAUUUUCGAACGAGGAUCACCUCAAAGCCCAUCUUCAAAUCAAACGGAUAUGCCAAAAUCGCUGAUGGCCCCUUUACCUCUGCAACCCUCAAAGACAGCAUACAGACGGAGUACUGUGAUAAAGAUGAAGGCCAAGAGGAUGAGGAAGAGGAAGAUGAUAUUGUUUACAUGGGGAGGGACGGGAUAGUGUAUCGGAAGUUUAAAUACAGCCUGUUGGAUGGGGAGGAGGAAGAGGAGGAGGUGGAGCUAGAGUAUUAUGACGAGAUGUACACCCUCACCUAAAAUAUACUGUUGGAAUGUAUGAGUGCUCUUUAGCAGAAAGCAUGUUUAUUUGCUUUGUGCAUAUCAAUACAUUCAGAAAGUGAGGAAUAAAGGGUUUAUUGACUUUUGGCCAUUUGAUGUGUGCCAAACUUUAGAGUCAACAUGAAAUGCC